CCUUGCUUCUUUGUUUCAUCACUCCCAUCCCAUAACACACAAAACGUAGAGAGAGAGACAAUGAGCACGCAGAGCUUAGAGAGACUUCAGUUCAGGAGAUGGGGGAAGCGAAUCGCGAGUUCUACGACGUCAACGCCGGAAAACGCAGAGGAAAGAGCGGUUGCGUUUACGUGUUGCAGGACAUCGAAUCUCCUGAAGCAGCUGCUGUGGAGGCUGAAAUCGCGUUUGCGGUCGCAGAAAACUAGUAACAUCAAUGUUCAGUGCGGUUACGAUCUACGCAGCUAUCAUCUCAAUUUCGACGACGGCUUUUCUCGGCGGCGGUGAUACACAACUUAACACAGACGAAAUUUGUAUUGAUAAAUGAAUACAAAACUAUAUACUUAUUUACUGUUUAUAUAGUUUCUGGCAUUUCAAUGGAACCUUUGAUUCUGUC